ACAGUAGGCAUAACCCAACUAGCCCAAUUUCAGAGAGGUCUCAUAUAUUGGAUACUCCACAAACUAACAAAGCCCAAAGUUUGGUGACUUCUAGAAAAAGAAUUUGAUGCUUACAAUAAUACGUAUUAGAAUGGAAUCAAGAAAGUAAUAAUAAGGCGGCAAUAUAAAAGCAAUUUGUACAAAUGGCAUUAACACUCUCAACAAUAACAACAUCAACCUUAAUCCGUCGAAAAUUACCCAUAGUAGGUGCCUUUUGUGUUCUUACCUUUGGUCUCUCUAAUCUCUCCAUCCCUUUUACCCAUACCAGCUUUGCUCAUUCACUUCCCUUUGUCCCUCUUUUGCGGUCGAAAUUAGGUGGAGAAAGAAGGAGUACAAGUGUUAGUAGUAGAAUAAGAAUGGAGGCUAGUAACAAGAUUGUUCCCAGCAUUGUUGUUUAUGUCACUGUUCCUAACAAAGACUUGGGUAUAAAGCUGGCAGGGAGCAUAGUCAAGGAGAAACUCGCAGCAUGUGUUAAUCGAGUACCAGGCGUCGAAUCUGUUUACGAGUGGCAAGGAGAGAUACAGACUGAUUCUGAAGAGCUGCUUAUAAUCAAGACCAGGGAGUCCCUUUUGGAAGCUCUUACGGAGCAUGUGAAGGCCAACCAUGAAUAUGAUGCUCCUGAAGUGAUUGCGAUGCCCAUAGUUGGUGGCAGUCCCCAGUACCUAGAAUGGCUCAAGAACAGCACAAGGGAUAAAUGAGUUGAGCCAAGACAAGCUUUCUUCUACCUUGAGCUUGUAACUUGGUAGGAGUCAAAGACAAGUAUCUAUGUUAUUUGGUAUUUUCUGUCCAAGUACUUGUUAUUUUAAACCGUGUCUUUAGCCUUGACUCUUGAUGUGAGCUCUUAUAUCUAUCUCUAAUAGAUAUUAAUGAGUUAUUUUGGGCAUUGCUGCUUGUAUAUAUGGUGAAAUAACGAGACCCUUGUAAAGUUAUGGGUACUUGGUGUUGUUGCUUUCGAGUGAAUUAUGGUUGGAUAGUCA